UCUUACGGGAUGCCGAUUUGUAUCUACAUUGGGCUAAGCCAGAUGGCUUCUCUGCGUGUUCUAGCAUGUCAGUACCCCUGCAUUGUUGUCCUCGACAAUAUCGAUGACGGGUACCUAUGUGUGACAGUGCCAAAAGCUGAUGGUGCUAGAAGGGAAAUUUCGUUCAUGGAACAGAGAUUAGCUAGCAGUAUUGGUACAUGUUCAUACUUGAGAACGUAUUUCAUAGUACCGAGCAUUUCCAAGAUGGUCGUCUUCAUCGAUGCCAUCGUCCCUGUUCUCAAGGCUGAGAAUCUACGAGCAGUGCUAGACAUACGUAUAUAUGCGUCUGUAGGGCAAUGGAGAACAUGGAAAAUUCUCAAGUGUGCUCGUCGUUGGACUACAGGACCGUGAUCCUUGUCCACAUUAGUGAAAAUGCUAAGAAGGGCCAUAUCCAGCACGAUGGGGAAGGCGACGUCGUUGGACUACAGGAUCGUGAUGCUCUAUUCCUUGUCCACAUUAGUGAACAUGCUAAGAAGGGCCAUAUCCAGUACGACGGGGAAGGCGGUGACACUUUUUCAGGAAGACACUUUUUGAGGAAGACGACUCAUGGGCUAUUGAGAUUCUGCAAGGACGAGGUGAAGUUCACAGGAACACUCGGUGGAUUGUGGAUUGCAUCAUGUCUGCCUUUGCUGAAGCAUACACCUCGGCAAGGAAUAUCAGCGGCCUAACCGGCGUGAUAGAUGACACGGCCCGUCAGCUGAAGGACCUGCUCCUGAGAAAAUCGGAGCUAUGUUCAGAUCCAAGCCUGAGAUACCUCUUCCUGCUCAACAAUUCCAAUUUUGUAGAGCAGCUGGAAGAGACACGUCUACCUCCACACUAUUGGAAACUUACACCUGAAUGUGAAAAGUACAUGUAUACUUAUCUAGAUGUUUCUUGGGGGAAUGUACUGUUCUGCAUACCGAGAUCGCAUUUUCCUGCGCGGCUCCCUCGUUGUCGUUGGAUCAGCACCUAUAAACUGGCCAAGUUCGAGUUAGAGUUUAAUAAAACCUACCGAGCUCAGAAGUUCUGGAAGGUUCCGGACCCUCAGUUAAGAGAUGUUCUGCGGAGAGCUAUCGCCGACAGAGUUGUCUCAGGUCACCGUGACUAUCUGAAGGAGCAUCCGGAGCUAGCAGAGGACGUUUACCGAAGAAACAGCACUCCUGAAGACUGAAGUUGUCGAGGAGAUGUUGGGACAGCUAUUUGAAGGCUAAAAGCUGCUUGACGCACGAAUAAAUUAGUCGCAAGAUAAGUAAGAGGCCGGAGUUCAUGUUUCAUCGUUGUAUAUUUGUUUUUCCUUUUCAAGUGAAGU